UUCCCCUCCGCGCCGAGUCCGUCAUCUGGCUCCUCCCGGACGAGGGACGGGCUCGGGAAGAGGAUGGAAGCGGCCCCGGGCGAGCGCUGCCGGCCGCGGCUGCUGUCGGCAGGAGAGGCGGUGGCGGAGGGAGACCCCCUCCUCGUGGCUGAGCUGAAGCCCGGACAAUCCCAACAGUAUGACUGGAAAUCCAGCUGCGAGACCUGGGGUGUGGCCUUCUCCGCCGACGGGACCUGGUUUGCCUGGUCACAGGGCCACGGUGUGGUCAGGCUGCUCCCUUGGCCUUUACAGGGGACUGAGCAUAACAGCAAAGCUUUGGAAUGCAAGAACCAGGGUGGAAAAACCAAGCCGAAAGGUUACGGUGGGCUCAAGGAGAAGACAUUGGAAUGUGGACAGAUCGUCUGGGGUCUGGCUUUCAGUUCCUGGCUGCCCUCCCCACCAUACAAGUAUCGCCACCGGAAGGAAAGUUCUCCUUGCUUGAUCCUGGCCACGGGAUUGAACGACGGGCAGAUUAAAGUCUGGGAAGUGGAAACAGGGAACCUGCUUUUUAAUCUCGUGGGGCACCAAGACGUGGUGAGGGAUCUGAGCUUUGCGCCCGGCCACCGCUCGUCCAUUCUCGUUUCUGCAUCCCGCGACAAGACGCUUCGAAUCUGGGACCUGGGUCAAAAUGUGAAACAAUUGAAAGUGCUUUCUGGACAUUCGCAGUGGGUUUACAGUUGCUCCAUUUCUCCUGAUGGUCAAAUGCUCUGCUCCGUGGCUGGAGAGAAAUCGGCUCUCCUCUGGAGUAUGCGUUCCUAUCGUCUGCUGCGGAAACUAGAAGGUCACCAAAGUUGCGUUGCGUCUUGUGACUUUUCUCCAGACUCGGCUCUCCUCGCCACGGCCUCUUACGACACCUGUGUGAUCCUUUGGGAUCCCUGCACGGGGGAGAAGCUAAGAUCCCUUUGGCACCAUCCGUUGCAACCUGUAGUGGACCAGAGUGGGAACUUCCACACCAGCUCUCUGAGGUCUGUGUGCUUCUCACCUGAGGGCCUCUACCUUGCCACAGUGGCAGACGAUAGGCUCCUCCGGAUCUGGGCACUAGAGCUUGAGAGUCCUGUGGCCUUUGCUCCUGUGAAGAAUGGCCUCUGCUGCACUUAUUUUCCACAUGGUGGGAUCAUCGCAACGGGGACAAGAGAUGGUCACGCCCAAUUUUGGACAGCUCCACAAGCUCUCUCUUCUCUGAAGCACUUAUGUCGGAAAGUCCUUCGCGGCUGUUUCACGAGCUACCAAGUUCAGGCGCUGAGCAUUCCCAAGAAGAUGAAGGAGUUCCUCACCUACAGGACUUUAUGAUGUUGGCUCAACGGGGACGCUGCUCUGCUCCGUCUGUUUCUCGCACAGCCUGGUGUUGCGCGCACGCAAGACAAAAAACUCUUACUCUUUGGGAGGUGAAGCGAUGAAGCCAUGUAGCUGAGAAAAGGACAAAGGAUGCUGCUGGCAAACCCUUUUUUCUGCACUAGCCGCGUGGAAGAAAUUAUAAUUCAUAGAGCUUUGGGGCAUACUAAAGUUGGCCAGUUACUUUCCCAGACUUAGAUUUACUGGGAUGCGGGCUUGACACCCACAGCUUCCUCUCGGACGUUUAAAAAAUAAUUAAAAAAAAAAGCACCUCAGGACACAGAAGGAAACAAUGAGUGUCAUUAUUUAGUCAGCCAGCGGCCACUUUUGGGGGUUAUUCCGGAGUGCUUUUGGUUCCUGAUUGUCCAUCAUCUAGGAAAAACCAGGUCUGGGUCUUCUCCAUUAAUGCAAAGGUGGAAUUGGAAAUUUUUCCCGCAUCAAUAUGCUGCUGGAUAAAGCUUUGAAGCUCAUGUUGUGGAAAUCAAAAAGCUCUGCUUUUUUGGCUGGCUUGAACAGAGAAACACUUUGUCAAUAACUAAGCAAGAGGUACAUUUUAGGAUUAAUGAUUUCAGAGCAGUUUGGGGUCCCCCCCCACCGGGCAGAUCAGAGAGCAAUGAUUGAUAAGCAAUGGGAGAUUUCUUGUGUUAGGAACAGAAACACAGAAGUGUGGGUGAUGUUUCGGAGGACCCAGGAAUUCCCUAGCUGGAGGAAAUGUG